CUACAUUUUCAGGCUAUUUAACACUUCCUAUAAAAUUGUGAAUGAAACAAUUCGUUAAUUAAAAGCCGUAGCCUUUGUACAACGCAAAUGGCUGCCGUCGCGCCGCUAAAGUCCCAUCUCCGCCGGGCCCAUCUCCGGCCCGCAGCCCAUUCGGGCCCGAUCGGUCUAGCGGCGACUCUUUCGUUCCGGAAUUCGCAGGUGAAGAAAUGGGGGAGUGUUUGCACGACGUACGGCGAGAGGGUGCCGGCGGCGAUUCGGGUUUGCGGGGCGGUGCGGUGCACGGCGGAGGGGAUGGAAAGGGGGCUGUUUGUGGGGCGGAAGGAGGGCGGGUUUGUGGCGGCGGAGAGGUUCAAAGUGGUGGCGCUGGUGGCGGCGGUGAUGUGCCUGUGCAAUGCUGAUAGAGUGGUGAUGUCUGUUGCAAUCGUUCCUCUCGCCGCCAAAUAUGGUUGGUCCACUGCUUUCUUAGGCAUUGUUCAGUCAUCCUUUCUGUGGGGAUACAUGUUUUCCUCUGUUCUCGGAGGAGCAUUGGUCGACAGAUACGGAGGGAAAAAAGUUAUCGCAUGGGGUGCAGCAUUGUGGUCGCUAGCAACUCUCGUCACUCCAUGGGCAGCUAAUCACUCGACAAACAGCCUCUUAGCUGUCCGAGCCUUCUUUGGAUUGGCCGAAGGGGUAGCUUUACCUGCAAUGAAUCACCUUCUAUCGCGAUGGUUUCCAAACCAUGAACGAGCUACUGCUGUUGGAUUAUCCAUGGGGGGAUUCCAGCUCGGGAACGUAGUGGGGUUGGUCUUGGCUCCGCUGCUGAUGCAAUCUAUCGGGAUUUCUGGCCCCUUCAUGCUCUUUACUGCCCUCGGGCUUCUUUGGUUGGUUACAUGGAGUUUUAGGGUCACGAAUGACCCACAAGAGUGCGGAACAAUCAGUAAAUCUGAACUGUGGUUGAUCCAGGCCGGGAAAGGCGACUCCUCUGUCAUCAAGGGCAGCCCUCCAUCGCUAAGGCAUCUCCUAUCCAAGCUGCCAACAUGGGCUAUAAUCUUUGCUAAUUUCACGAAUAACUGGGGAUACUUUGUUCUUCUAUCGUGGAUGCCUGUUUAUUUCAAAACCGUGUUCGAUGUGAACUUGAAGCAAGCGGCUUGGUUCAGUGCGGUUCCUUGGGGAACGAUGGCGCUCUCAGGCUACAUCGCUGGGGCAGCAUCGGACUACUUGAUCAAAUCGGGUUACUCCACCACAUCAGCAAGGAAAAUCAUGCAGUCAAUCGGUUUCAUUGGCCCGGGGAUUGCAUUGCUUUGCUUAAACCACGUCCGAACGCCUACAAUUGCAGCCGUAUUCUUAACAGCAGCCCUCAGCCUGAGCUCUUUCAGUCAAGCCGGCUUUCUACUCAACAUGCAAGACAUCGCGCCACAAUGUGCAGGAUUUCUCCACGGGAUCUCGAAUUCGGCAGGAACACUGGCAGCAAUUAUCAGCACAAUUGGGACAGGAUACUUUGUGCAGUGGCUAGGUUCAUUUCAGGCAUUUUUAACUCUUACAGCUUGUCUUUACUUUGCUACAGCCAUAUUUUGGAAUCUCUAUGCAACUGGAGAAAGAGUCUUUUAGAUUAGAUCAUUAGAACAAGAUCUACUAUGUUAUGAUUGAGAAAUUAUAUGAUAUAUAAGUAACAUAUGACAGGAUAAGUAGAUGUAUACAUGUAAUAUUCUUAAACAAAGGUAGAAUUUUGUCCAUUUUUGUUUCCAUUCGUUUGUUUUACAGAGCUUAAAGACUCAAUGUGUUGUAUAAAAAUAUUUAUAUAUUGCAAGUUGUUCUAUUUAUCA